UCGAUCAUCCUUCCACCCCAGGACCCGAGGACAGAGUUUUUACGUGAACUCUGCAAUCGCCACAGUCAUACUUGUGAGUUGCUGAAAAUGGCUGAUUCUAAACCCAAACGACUCGCUCUUUGGUCCACUACGCGUUGCUUGUCUACUGCCAUGGUGAUGAGCUUUGGUAACUAUGGCAACGUGGAAGUCUUCAAUGAGCUGUACGCAGGAGCAGCCACUUUCGGCCCGGAAAGCACCAUUCAUUUGCCCGUGCCGUUCCCUGUGGAUGACGAGAUGACGUAUGAUGACGUCAAGACGCUCCUAGAGGCUGAUUAUCCAACCACAGAUCUGGUUUUCGUCAAAGACCACGCUGCUGCCGUAACGGGGCGGUACGACAAACUGCCGACCGGUUACACGCACGCGUUCAUCAUCCGCAACCCAGAAAAGACCGUCAGUUCUAACAUGCGACUGAGUGAGCGCACGGGGAUAACGACGGAUCAGUUCGUGCAGAUCAGUACGACGGGCGUUCAGGGCUCUGGAUUCGGAGACCUGGUCAAGUUGGCAGAGCAUCUGGAAUCUUGGCUGGGUAAACCUCCCGUGAUCUUAGAUGCAGAUGACCUCCAGCGUGACCCUGAGAAGAUGCUGCGUGCAUUCUGCAAGGCCCUGGACCUCCCGUUCCGAGAAUCUCUCCUCAAGUGGGAGCCCAUCACGGAGAUUCCUUGGAACAACUCCAAGGCCAUGCUCACCCUCCACAGGGCUAACGGGGCCUACGAAAACGCCCUCAAUAGUUCGGGGUGGAUCGUCACCGACCCCAAGCCCGUCGAUCUUAGUGGUCUGCCGCAGGUACUUCGUGAAUUAGUCGACGAGGCGCGGCCAUUCUACGAAACCCUUCAUGGAAAGCGUUUGAAGCAAGAAAACUAGUUGACUUGGAUCUCGUUUGCACUGCAAAAUGACAGUCUUAUGACAAUUACAGCAAGUCCUGCGCAGUAUAGUAGUACAGUACACAGUGCCGCGUUAAGAAUUUUAGAUGUACAGGUAGUAUAUUCUUGUAACUGUCAAUGUUUCCACUCUUAAAAAAUAUUUUGUAACUACAUGUAUUAGCUAAUUACUGAAUGGAGGAAUAUUUGUUGAUAAUUGGAUCACCCUCCGAUGUUUUUCUUCAAAUAUGGCGACAGUUUCCUUUCAGAUGUUGACCCAAGGGCAACUCCAUAGAACUUGCGAAAUCGCCAUGGACGCCAUUCGAGCAAGCAAACCAUUGCGCAAGCCAUUGUUUUCACAAUGGUUUGCUUACUGGAAUGGCGUCCAUGACGAUUUCGCAAUUUCUAUGGAGUUCCCCAUCUUGCGCCUUCGGCGCUUCAAGAUCUUUGCUUGCAAGCAUGCAGGGUUGGGAGAAGAAACACAAAAGAGGUAUUUA